AUGGUGAGUGCUUCUUCAAAUAGUCAUUCGCUAAAGAAACAACGGCUAGAGGAUGAAACUCGAUGUGCUACCUUGCUGGAUCGAACUGUUCUUGACUGUCCAAUUUGCUGGGAGCCAUUGGUCAUUCCCAUCUUUCAGUGUGAUAAUGGCCAUUUAGCAUGCCAUACUUGCUUUCCAAAACUCAAAAAUAAAUGUCCUGUAUGUGCUAUCCCCAUUGGUAACAAUCGUAACAGAGCAAUGGAGAAAGUUCUUGAAUCAACUAUUGUCCCAUGCCCAAACACUCAGUUAGGUUGCACCGAGAAUGUUCCUUACGGGAGAGAAUCAAAUCACGAGAAGGACUACUGCAAAUUCUCUCUAUGUUCUUGCCCUGAUGAAACCAAUGAAUGCAAUUACACCGGCUAUUACGAUGACACUUGGCUUCACUAUCUUGCUUGCCAUUUAUUAAACCCCUAUUGUUUCUUCGCUUUUGGUCUACCCAGUGAGGUGCAGAUGCACAUAAGUGAAAAGAUUCUGGUUCGUUCGACACUUGAAGAGAAGGUUUUGUUUGUGGUGCAGUGUUUUAGGGAGCCAAAUGGUGUUUAUGUAACUGUGAAAUGUAUUGCACCAUUGGCUCCAGAAGUAAGGAAGUACUCAUAUCGAAUCUCUUACACGUCCAACGGACACACUCAUACUCAUGAAUCGGCAGAGAUGAAGAGGAUUCGUAAAGUGAGUUUCCAAAUCCCUCAAGAGAAGAACUUCUUGUUUAUUUCAAACAGUGUAUUGCGAGGUUCUGGUUUUGAUAUGGUUUUAGAUGAGAACGCUGUUGGUUUUAGUGUGUUCCUACUGUUUGUUGCUGCUGACUUGGCUGGUUCAUCAUCUCAAAUGGCACACUCUCCACCAACAGAAACAAGCUAG